AUGGUUGUCGCAAAUUAUAAUAGUAAUUUUAAAAAAAGAUUUAUUUUUACUUUUUGUUCUACAUGUAAUAGUCAGUUUCAAAGAAUUUCCAAUAAAACUAAAGCUAUUACUAAAGAAAAACCCACUAAUUCUAAUGAUGAAUCUAUAGUUUCUUCUGUUAUUAUUGAUGUUGAUAAAAUUGUCAGUUCUCAAGAUAUGUGUUCUAUUUCUAGUGAAAAUGAAAGUGUUGAUCAACAUGAUGAAAUUUCGUUCACUCUUAUUGUAAAAAAAGUAGAUGGAAAGCAAUUACCUGGAAAGUGGCUUACUUUUGACACUUCAACUUUCAAGAAAUUUGUUACUCAAAUACAAAAAUAUAUUGAAACUAUGAUAGGAGAAGAAAUUGAUCAAGCAGAAUACUCUUUAGCUUUCAAAUCAGCUAAAUCAAAUGGUGGAGGUUUGGAGUUAAGCGAGUUAAAGGAUUUUGAAAAGUUUUUGAUUGAGUAUAAAAAAUUAUUCAAAAUGAAAAAGGAAGUUGUUGUAAUUGCAAGUAUGAACCGAAAAAUUGGUAAGAAAAAAAAAAAAAAGCAAGUGGAGGAUGAGAUUCUUGAAUCUGACGAAGAAGAAAAUAAUUUGAAAAAGAAGAAAGUGAAUUCUAUUCCUAAGGUAUCAGGUCUAACUCCUCAUCAAAAAGUGAUUGGUAAGUUAGUAUCUAAACUCCGUAAGCAGUGGCAUUGUUCUCAAGAUAAUGUGCCAUGUUAUGUUGCUUCGGGAAUUCAUUUAAAGUUGACAGCAAAACUUCUCGCAAUGUGGGCAGAAAGCAUUAUGGAUGGGACUGCAACUAUUGAAAUUGCACCAACCCACCCAGAUUUUGCUGUACAACAUGCAACAAAAAAUAAUGUGCAUUCAUCGGCCACAUUGAUGGCAUCACAAAUGUCACAAAUGUAUCCUAUUCAGCCUAUUCAGUAUAUAUCUCCUCAGUAUUGCAUGGUUAGGGAACCUUUGGCACCUGUCUCUAAUUUUAGCGUAACAUCACAACUUCCAAUUCCAAGCAUAGAAGAAUUCUUGAAAAAGAUAGAUAAAGAUGAAGGCGACAAUGGGGAUUUUAUGCAGUUUAUUGAUGUGUUUAAUGAACAAAAUAUAUCUGUUAAACAUAUCAAAGAUUUAGAUGAGAAUGAUUUUCAAAUUUUAGGCGUGAAGACAAUUGGUUGGCGCAAAACCAUUAAAGCUGCAGCAAAGCGAUAUGAAUAA